GAUGCAGACGGAGAAGGAGGAGUCUGCUGCCGUCGCCACCGGCGCCGGCGGGAAGCCGCCGGGCUUCUGUGACCGGCUGCAGAGGGCUUUCCACUCCCGGCCGGCGUUCCGGCCUCUCCGCCGCCUCGGCGUCCGCCCCGGCCAUGACGGCGGCGCCGCGCCUGGAACAGGCAAGCCCGCAGGCGCCGCCACUCCUGGCGCUGCGGCGGCGACGCACGGCAACGGCGGCGGCCCACCGAGGCCGCGGCCGGUGACGUCUCCGGCGGGCCAUGCCCCGGCGCCUGUCGUGUUGCCGCCGGCGCCGGCCCCGGUGAAGCCGGCCGCCAAGCCUGCAGGCAACGCUCCGGCGCCUAUCGUGUUGCCUUCGGCGCCGGCGCCGGCGCCGGCUGCAGGGUCACCACCACCGCGUCGUCGUCAUGGCCAUGCCCCUACCUCGUCCGGGAGCGCGCCAACCGCAGCGGCUGCAGAGAAGGUUCCGGCAGCGCCGCCACCAGGGAUCCCGGUGCCCGUGCCGCCGCCGGCUGCUGCCACCGGAACGCCACCGGCGCCUGACGCGAAGGACGGCGGUGGCAAGGACCAGCAAACCAAGGGGAAGACCUGGGUGAGCUCCAGAGUCCGCAAGGCCUUCUCCUCCAAGUAGAGGCAUGCCACGUGGACACAGUAGCGGAAUAAGAAAAAAAUAAUCGUUUGUUUAUUUUUUUCUUCUUUUCCUUCUCAGAAGUAUUGAAACGUUGUAAUUUGAGGGUUUUGUCCGAAUCGAAUCCAGUAUUUUCAAAAACCUUAU